GAAAAGCCAACGUAAAUCGGUGUUCACGCGCGGAGUCCUCUCAUCGUUUCUCCCUCGCGCACAAUGGAAACUGAAUUAAAACAGCUGUGGUACGUCCUUCUCCGGUACUUUUCCGCCCUCACUCCAGCUGAAGCGUUCGUCUAAUGUGGUUGUCCUCUUCGGUUUUAUAACUUAUUUCCUGUAACCCCCCCCACACACCCCCCACCCCCAAAACCUCCAGAUACGCUUUGAGAAAUAACCAAACCUACGACUAUCAGCCUAACUAAACUGCUCUAGGAGGAGGUCGUGUUUCUUUGGAUGGAGAAUUUUGCAUCGAUGGUGAAUGAGUUGAAGUCAAGCUGGUUGUGAAGGUGCUGGACUUGUUCCCCCCUAAGCCCCAAGCGGGACACAGCAUGGCGGCGGGAGUAGCGGCAUGGCUUCCCUUUGCCCGGGCGGCAGCAAUCGGCUGGAUGCCUGUGGCCAACUUGCCUAUGCCAGUGGCGCCAAUUGAGAAAAGCAAGCGUCAGGAUGAGCUAAUCAUUCUCAACGUCAGUGGACGGCGAUUCCAGACCUGGAAGAACACCUUGGACCGAUAUCCUGACACCCUGCUGGGGAGCUCAGAGAAGGAGUUCUUCUACAAUGAGGAGACCAAAGAGUACUUCUUUGAUAGGGACCCUGACAUGUUUCGCAGCGUCCUUAACUUCUACCGGACGGGAAAGCUCCACUACCCACGCGCUGAGUGCAUAUCCUCCUAUGAUGAGGAGCUGGCUUUCUUCGGCAUCAUCCCCGAGAUCAUCGGCGACUGCUGUUACGAAGAGUACAAGGAUCGGAAGAGAGAGAAUGCAGAGCGCCUCAUGGAUGACCAGGAGGACAACAAAGACGCUAAGCUGCCCAACAUGACCUUAAGGGAGACCAUGUGGCGGGCCUUUGAGAACCCGCACACUUCCACCAUGGCCCUCGUCUUCUAUUAUGUCACUGGUUUCUUCAUUGCUGUCUCUGUUAUAACCAACGUGGUAGAGACGGUGCCCUGUGGCUCAUCACCCAAUAUGAAGGAAGUGCCAUGUGGUGAGCGCUACACUGUGGCCUUUUUCUGCAUGGACACGGCUUGCGUCAUGAUCUUCACCGUGGAGUACCUGAUGCGUUUGUUUGCUGCCCCAAGCCGCUAUCGCUUCAUGAGGUCGGUCAUGAGCAUCAUUGAUGUUGUGGCCAUCUUGCCCUACUACAUCGGCCUUGUGAUGACUGACAAUGAGGAUGUGAGCGGCGCUUUUGUGACACUUCGAGUUUUCCGCGUGUUCCGUAUCUUUAAGUUCCGUCACUCGCAGGGCCUGCGCAUCCUGGGCUACACGCUGAAGAGCUGUGCCUCGGAGCUGGGCUUCCUGCUCUUCUCCCUUACUAUGGCCAUAAUUAUCUUUGCUACUGUCAUGUUCUACGCAGAGAAGGGUUCAAGCUCCAGCAAAUUCACCAGCAUCCCAGCCUCCUUCUGGUACACCAUCGUUACUAUGACAACACUCGGAUAUGGAGAUAUGGUUCCUAAGACAAUCGCAGGGAAGAUCUUCGGCUCGAUCUGCUCUCUAAGUGGGGUGCUGGUAAUCGCCCUGCCUGUCCCUGUCAUUGUGUCCAACUUCAGCCGCAUCUAUCACCAGAACCAGAGAGCAGACAAGCGGCGGGCGCAGAAAAUGCAGAAAGCCCGUUUGGCCAGGAUACGACUAUCAAAGGCGGGAAGCUCCAACGCCUUUCUCCACAGCAAGAGAAACGGGCUGUUCAAUGAAGCGCUGGAGUUCACGCAACUCCCAUACAAGAUGAACCUUUGUGAUCAGAGUUCCAUGGAGGAGGAGCAGCGGUUGAGCAAGUCUACCUCUCUAUUAGAGAGCCAGCACCACCACCUGCUGCACUGUCUGGAGAAAACCACUAACCACGAGUUUGUGGACGAGCAGUAUUACCAGCAGAGCUACCUGGAUUCAGGACUGCAGAAUUACCCGUCUCGAAGCCCCUCACUCUCCAGCCAGGAAGGCGUGACGGGCACCUGCUGCACCCGCCGAAGCAAGAAGCUUCACUCCCCUUUAGCGAACGCCAGCGCUCCUGCACAAAUGCAGCCUUUGAAACAAACACACACACAUCAACAAGGUUUGCAGGAGCUCAGCACGAUCCACAUCCAGUCCCUCAGCACCAGCCGCUCCAGUCUGAACAUGCGAGUAGAUGAGCAAGCCCCCCUGAACUGCCAGAGCAGCCAAAUCACCACAGCAAUCAUCAGCAUUCCCACACCCCCAGUGACCACUCCUGAGGGCGAUGCUCACCUGCCCGCAGGCCCCACCCACCAGAAUGUUGUGAAGGUGUCCGCACUGUGAAGACUUGGGUAGUGGAAAAACAUAUAAAGACUCAUGGAGACAGAGUGGGGACAAAGGAGGACUGGGAAUGAUGGAAAUGAAAGCAUUUAGAGUUCUACUGUUGCCGUGGUGGAGCCUGCCCUCUGCUGGUCAUGUACUGUAAUGACAUGAACUCCAUUUACAGACUGAGGAUGGCUUUUAGAUACAGUAUGUCCCUGUUAGUGGGUGUUUGGCAUACUUGUGUGCGCGGAUGUAUGUGUGUGUGUGUGGAUGAAAGAGCUGUGAACAUGUGUAGAGAGUGAUUUUAGAUGAGGAGGCAUGAGACUCCUCCCAGAGUAAGUCUUGUGUUACUGUGCACAAAGCACCUUUUUUAUGAUUUUUUUUGCUUUGGUUUGACUCUUUUUAGCAGCAAACAUAAGGAAAACAUAAGACAACUCAAAUAACAAAACAUUAUUGAAGCUUUUUUUCCACACAUCAUUUUAUCCUGUUCUUUUGUUUUGUUAUUUCGGUCCACUAACCUGUUGAUAGAUUACAGUAAUAAUCCACCAUUUUCUCCAGGUCGAAUAAUACUCCACUUGAGUGAAAAACUCUUUAAGAGAUGUAUUCUGAUUGGUGUGUCUGCGAGGACGUUACUAAUGAGUUUCACAUGUUUCUGUGAAUUUUUGCUAGAUAGAGGAAAUGUAAUGUAUUGGAUAGGAGGUAUGUGCCUGUGUGUGUGUGUGUCUGUGUGUGCCUGUGUGUGUGUGUGUCUGUGUGUGCCUGUGUGUGUGUGUGUG